AUGGCGUCGACCAUCUUGGCUGAGAACCAGUCACGUUUAUUGGCUAACCUGACUCACAACAAGACCGAUCCUCCACAGGUUAUGCAUCAACCAUGGCUGACCGGCCUAUUUAUCAUAAUGUAUGCCUUGAUCUUUCCUUUGGGUAUCAGCGGAAAUACUUUGGUAGUGUACUGCGUCGUGCGAAACAAAACAAUGCAAACGAUUACUAAUAUAUUCAUCACAAAUCUGGCAGUGUCCGACAUUCUCAUGUGCCUCCUGGCUGUUCCAUUUACCCCUCUCAGCUACUUUCUCAAUUCAUGGAUGUUUGGCGAGGCACUAUGUCACAUCGUCCCGAUGUCGCUUGGUAUAAGCGUGUACGUAUCAACGCUUACGUCAACAGCCAUCGCUGUAGAUCGCUAUUUCGUCAUCGUGUACCCAUUCAAGCCUCGAAUGAAAGUAUGUGUCUGUUUGCUAAUGAUAGUUGCCAUUUGGAUUAUUUCUAUUUCUAUAUCACUUCCACUUGGAAUAUACAUGGAGCUAAAGGAGAGUUCCGAUGGUUGCACGUGCGAGGAAAGCUGGCCACGCCCCCAGGCGUCCCAGUUUUUCACUGUCACUAGCCUUGUCCUUCAGUAUAUCGUGCCUUGCAGUAUCAUUACCUAUUGUUACGCCAAGGUGUCGUUGGCUCUUAAGAAAAGGUCAAGGUCAAAGAUCGGCAGUGGAUCAAAAUACCGCGAGAGGGAUGAGACGGAAAUAAAACGGAAGCGGAGAACAAAUAAGAUGUUGAUUGCUAUGGUGACCAUCUUUGUAUGUUGCUGGCUACCUUUGAACACUGUGUUGCUAACGGUAGAGUACAAAAGUCAUAUUACUCUCUGGUAUUACUAUACUUUAAUAUUUUUCUCCGCGCACGUGAUAGCCAUGAGUUCUACUAUUUAUAACCCAUUUCUCUACGCAUGGAUGAACGAUAACUUCAAAAAAGAAUUUAAACAAGUCCUCCCAUUUUUGUUCCGAAGGGAACGGGAACGACCUGUGAAUGGCAACUACACCCAAUACACAAAUGUUGACACUCAACCCUCGGUGGUUAUCAACAGGUCGCCUCAAAAGGAACGAGAGAACCCGAACGACUGUAGCCCUUCAAAUAAGCCCAAGGCUUUCUACGAUCCAGAAUCGGAAAAGGUUGAAUUGAAAGUGAACACGGAUGUAGACAGUGAAGGAACGCAUAGCGCGUAA